AUGGAGUUGUUACGGCACAGCAUAAGUAUACCUAAUGUGCAAAGGCUACAGUGUCAAGGUGAUACAUGUUCUACACUAGAUGCUAAUACGACUGAGUGUCAAAGUGGAAAUAAAGCUUUGUCUACAGUUGAUUACCCAUAUAAACUUGAUAUAAAUGGUCUCAGAGAGCUUUUCGCAGACGAACCAAUAAACAAUGAAACUAUAAACAUAGCUUGCAAAGUUGCGGAGAUUUCUGAAGAAUGUGUACGUGAUGAUACUGAUGUACAAGCCUGUUUAAACACUGGGAAUUAUGAUAAACAUGUAGAAUUGAGAAAUAUUUUACGACCAACAGCUUGUGGUGCAUCAGUCAUUAUUUACACAACUUCUUUACUAUACGUCUCCCUUAUUGUUUCUUUUUUCUAUUGAAAUUUUCAAAUUUACUUUUCCGACCUUAUUUUUGCUAAUUAUAAUUUUUUGUAUUAUUCUUUUAGUUCGUUCGUUUUACUUUGUUCUCUAAACGGCUUUUUAAAAAAUAGUUUGUAUAUGGUGAAUGAAAGUUUUGACACUGAGCUAGUUUUUACAACACAAAUUAAUGAGCAUAGAUAUUUAUGUAUUGCUAUAAACAGGAAGUACCCAUUUUUUAAGUGGUACAGUAAUGGUUGAAUGGAAUAUAGAAGUCCCCUAAACCCCUAUAUGAAAUGCAUUUAGUUGCACCAGCACUUGAACAGUUGCACUUGAACAUAAUAAUAUGAAAAGUCUAAAAUUAAAUCUACAAAGGUAUGAACACAUUGGAUCAAAAAAUAUAACGAUGCAAAAAAAAA